AUGUCUCCUGCUGCUUCCUCUAGGUGGUGUCCAACACCAGAGCAGCUCAUGAUCUUGGAAGAGUUAUAUAGGAGUGGGAUUAGAACUCCUAUUGCUUCUCAAAUUCAAAGAAUCACUGCCCACCUCUCUUUAUACGGCAAGAUUGAAGGCAAGAAUGUGUUCUAUUGGUUUCAAAACCACAAGGCAAGAGAUAGACAGAAGCUUAGAAGGAAACUCAUUAAGCAGCUGCAACAGAACCACAUUUAUCAUCCUGAUCGUCACCUGCAGGAGAAUCAAUCAAACCACCACCACCAACACCAUCCCCUUCCUAGCUACUUUAAUCCUCCUGCUUCUACUUCACCACCUUUUCGUCCACUUUCCUAUCAUAACUCUCCUGUCUUUCUUCCCCGGGGAGGACUAGAAGGUGCAGCAACACAAAUGAUGAUGAAUCACCCAUGGAAGGUGGAGAUUCCACAAAACGUCCAAAUGGAGAAUUCCUUGAUGAGAAUGUACGGCCAAGAUUGGAUGAUGAUGAUGAUGGAAGUGGGUCCUCCCUCCCCGUGCAGCAGCAGCAGCAGCAACACAAGACCACUUGAAACACUUGAACUCUUCCCAAUCACAGCAACAAAUCUCAAAGAAGAGUGCAAUAACAACAACAUAUCAUCAUCGUCUAACUAA